GGGCGGCUCGUUCCGCUUGUUCAGAGGCAACAAGUUGGCAGCAAACAGUCGAGCUUCCCCGACUACUCCACGGGUUUUUAAUCGCUGCAGGUGCCCAACACAUGAAUGGAACUUCAUGGAGUUUUAAACUCACUACCCACAGAGCGCCGUGUCAACAUGGACGGAGUGGAAUAACAGUUUCAUCGCUUAAAAGAAAAAAACGUGACUUUGUGACAAGUGUUUUUUUCCCCUUUGAACCCGCGCGCGUAAAUAGGCACGUUUUCAACUUUUAAUUGCUCAUCACCUCAUUGAAGAAUGGCGCUGGCGAGAUUCAGCAAAAUUCUCCGUCUGCCCACUAUUGAGAGUAAAAAGAAAGUCAAACAGUACGAGCACGUCCACCGAGAUGUCAAUCCAAGCGACCACUGGGAUAUUGUGGGCGAACUCGGCGAUGGCGCGUUUGGAAAAGUCUUUAAGGCCUGCAAUAAGGAGACUGGCGUUUUGGCAGCAGCCAAAGUCAUCGAAACCAAAUGCGAGGAAGAGCUGGAGGACUACAUGGUUGAGAUUGAAAUCCUGGCCAAAUGCGACCAUCGAUAUAUUGUCAAACUGCUGGAUGCCUACUACUACAACAACCACCUCUGGAUCCUUAUCGAGUUCUGUCCAGGUGGAGCUGUGGAUGCCACAAUGCUAGAGUUGGAUCGAGGGCUGACUGAGCCCCAAAUAAAGGUGGUAUGCCGGCAGAUGCUGGAGGCGCUAGCUUACCUCCACAGCAUUAAGAUCAUCCACAGAGACCUGAAGGCCGGAAACAUCCUCCUCAUGCUGGAUGGGGACAUCAAACUAGCCGAUUUUGGUGUAUCAGCUAAAAACGCCAAAACCCUCCAAAGACGAGAUUCUUUCAUCGGAACGCCAUAUUGGAUGGCUCCAGAAGUAGUCAUGUGUGAAACCAUGAAGGACGCUCCGUACGACUACAAGGCCGACAUUUGGUCCCUUGGGAUUACAUUGAUCGAACUUGCCCAGAUUGAACCUCCUCACCAUGACCUUAACCCGAUGAGGGUGCUGCUGAAGAUCGCCAAAUCAGAGCCUCCCUCGCUAGAUCAUCCGAACAAAUGGUCACAAGAGUUUAAAGAUUUCCUGAGGAGAGCUUUGGAUAAGAACCCAGAGACCCGUCCGACUGCAGUACAGCUCUUGGGGCACCCUUUUGUAAGCUCCGUGACAACAAACCGCCCACUGAGGGAGCUGGUAGCUGAAGCCAAAGCUGAAGUCAUGGAUGAAAUCGAUGACAAUGGAGAGGAAGGCGAGGAGGACGAUGCCAUGGAACUAACUGUGACCAGCAUGACAAGCAUGGAAGGAGACCACUCUUCCGGUCCCUCAAGUCCCACAACAAACUCCCUGGUGUCACCGAAAUUUUCACAAGGGCCAGAACCAGUUUCGAUGACUGAGAAGCAGCCGGAAGCUGUCAUGGUCGCCCCUGUUCCCAUGCCUCGGCACAAUCUCCCUUCGAAGGAUCAAGUAGAUUUUGGAGAGAAGCUGGAGUCGGAGAAAUAUGAGAGCGGCGUGUCGAUAAAGACUUCCAGCUCGGACUCUGGCAUCGAGGAUGGAAAGAGCACUCCGACAUCUGAGGAAGAGAAGGUGGCUGCGGAUGCAGAACAGAUGCCAAUUAUUAUCCGCCAGGUCGUUCCAUCCGAGGAAAGUGUUGCCAGAAUUGAGUCGCCAGAGGUGCCCAAGAACCAGGUGUCUCCAGACCAGAGGACAGACAUACUGAAUACCCAAGCUGUGCCCAGCCCAGAGCAGUCUCCCGGACCGGGCAGCAUUCUAGACAAGUUGAAUGCUGAUCGAGCAUCAGUGGAAUACCCUCCUGAUAUGUCCUUGCCUUACAUAAGCAGACGGGUCAAUAGUAAGCGGUCUUCAAACUCAGGCAGCAUGGAGACAGAUAGCUUGAAGAGCCUGUCUUUAAAUAAGGAGAGCGUCUCAGUAUCUGCGAGGGACUACUCGCGGAAGACAUUAAAGCGAACCAGGAAGUUCGUGGUUGACGGCGUGGAGGUGAGCGUGACAACCUCCAAGAUCAUCCGGGAUGAUGAGAAGAAGGAUGAGGAGAUGAGAUUCCUCAGGCGCCAGGAACUACGCGAGCUGCGUUUGCUUCAAAAGGAGGAGCAGCGAGCUCUGGCUCAGCUCCAGGCCAAACUGGAAACGCAGAAAGAGCAAAUGCAAAAACGCUUCGACGUGGAAAUGCAUGCCAAGAAGAAGUUCUAUGAUGGGGAGAUGGAGAACCUGGAGAAGCAACAGAAGCAGACCAUUGAGAAGAUGGAGGUGGAUCACCAAAGUAAACUCAAAGACGAAAACAAACGCAUCAAAGCAGAGCAACAGCGCGAGCACCAGAAGUUCCUUGAUCACCAAAAACAUAAAAAAAAGGAGUUAAAACAUGCCAUCGACAAGCUACCAAGAAGUGAGCGUAAAGAACAAUCGAAGCAACGAAUGACUGCCUUUCAAGAAACUAAGCUAAAAGAGGAGGAACAGUUCCUGGCAGCUCAGAAGAACUAUCUAGACGCCACCAUCCAUCAAAUCACCGUCAACAACAGGAAUGACAUUGCCAACACGGAGCGGGAUUGUCUCGAAAAGAAGAACCAGCUAAUCCGAGAUCGAGAAUCUUCGAUAUGGGAAGUAGAGGAGAGGUUUCUGCAUGAGACACGCCAACUCCAAAAGCAACAGCUUAAAGAUCAAUAUUUCCUCCAAAGGCAUCUGCUCCUCAGAAAACAUGAAAAGGAGCUGGAACACAUGCAGCGCUACAAUCAGCGCAUGACCGAGAUAAUGAAAGCUCGGCAGCACAAUGAGAAGAGCCGCCUGCCAAAGAUUCAGCGAAGUGAAGCCAAAACCCGUUUGGCCAUGUUCAAGAAGAGCCUGCGCGUUAACUCCACAGGCAGCAACUCUGAGGACAAGGAGAGGAUCAAACAGUUUUCCCAGCAGGAAGAAAAGCGUCAAAAGAGCGAGAAGCAGCUCAUGCAGAAUAAGCACGAGAACCAGAUGAGGGAGAUGUACGGCGCGUGUGAGGAAAAUGUCCGAGAGCUGCAGCAGAUGCAGAAUGAAAAAUGCCACAUGCUGGUUGAAAAUGAAACACUGAGGCUCAAACAACUGGAUGAUCAACACAACCAGCUGCUGAAGGACUGGCGGGAGAAACUGAAACCCAGGAAGAUAGCACUUGAGGAGACACUGAGCAACAAGAGGAAGGACCAGGACGCGUUCUUCAAGAUCAACGAAUUGGGCGACUUCCCAAAUCCGGGGGGCUCCGUUGGCAAACUCUCCAAGUUUGUGCCCUAUCAGGAAUCUUCUACCACAUAAGCUUUAAGUCUUUCUAAUAUCCAGGGCGGGCUUGAACGGACAGUUCCAUUGUUGGAUAAACAGGUAGCGUUAAAGGUAAAGGAAAACCCUUGCUGAGACUGUGCGGGGAAGCCAUUUGUGUCACUGGGUCCAAACGUCAAAUUAGGGAUAGUCCUGCAAAGACUCGCCCUCACUUGAUUUCACAAACCUCGACGUUGCCUGUCCAUAUGUCUUGACUUGCCAGUUAAAUGGAUAUACUUAUGUCUAAAGAUGCAAAUUGCUGCUACGAUACACAUAAGCACACUUUUUCUAGAGUGUCCCCAAAACUGUACCCACCGCAUUGUUGCUUUGCUUUUUGUUCGCUGCCAGUCACAACAAAUGUUACUAAGUGAAUUUUUUGUCUUAAUCAACAUUUUUUCCCUUCAGUGCUUAACCUUCACAUGGUUGGAAACUAAAAGCCACACCCAAUAAUGGUUCUUAAUAGGGUGACUUUUUUUUUUUUUUUUAAUUGAAGAGGGUGUUUUUAUUUUUUUUCAUGCCUAAAUAGGGAUUUUUUCCAUUUAAUUUUGCAAGAGGGAUGUUUAUUAAUGCAAAUUGCUGAAUAUAUGUGAACUAUUUCCAUUCAUGUAUGCCUUACGUUUCGUCCCAGAGCUGCCAAAGUGUGCCUCUUAUUUAUUUUUGCUGACAGUUAAAUCUCAAUUCAUCACUGUAUAUUUUUAAUUUAAGUACUUUAAAAUAUAUAUUUUAACACAGAGCUGCACUAUGAAGGUGUUUAUUAACAUUAUUGUCAUCUUUAUUUUAAUAUUUGGAAUGGGUUAGCGGCUUAAACCAAAUUUAUCCGCUUAAUUAUCGUUUCCGCAAUGCGUAAUAACAUACGAAAGUAAUUGUUUUACUGUAGAAAUCAGUCACACUGGACGGGAAGGGACAAAACUAAAGUGAAAUACUGUUUUCUGUUUGUCGGUUGACAGAUUUAAAACGCAGGUUGAGUGUUUCGUUGUUGCAGAAGUGAAACUGCGUGCUAACCAAAGUGCAAUACAGUGUCUUACUUGUUUUUUGUUGUUGUCGUUGGUCUUCCUUUGCACUGAGGAGUUUGUAAUUCCACUUGAGCCAUCAAGUCUUCAAUCCUUUUGUUAUACAAGGGGGCAACUCGGCCCUGAAAAUGUAUUUUAAAUCAGCAUUUAGGUACACUUUAAUUCAACUAAUUGAUUUAUUAUUUGUUUUAAUUAUUGGGUUGAGGUUCCUGGGUUCGUUUAUAGGCCUUUCUGUCUGCCUCAGUUUGCAUAAUGUGGAAUGUAUGAUGGCUUGUGAGUGUGAUUAAAACUGUAUCAGAAGGAACCACUGUUGUAAAUAUCUAAUAAAUGCAGAUUUUCUAAUUACCGCA